UAUGAGCAACACGCAUUGCAAGCCAACCGCGCCAUAGAGACCUCGUCUAGGGAAGGUUUCUGACGGGAUGUGUGUGUCGCGAUCGACUGGACACGUUGUUGGUCGCGCUAGGAAGGCCUCACAUAUUGUUACCAUGUCACAAGUGCAUUCUCAUAUUAUGCCAACGUAGUCAGGCGAACGUCGGGCGAAGAAUGUUUUGUUGCUUUAGACCAACGGUGAAAGCCCUUCCUUCGGAGUCGCUGGAUAAAAUUAACAGCGAUAACUUGGGCUUGAAAGCCACAACAGGCGACAAGCCAGGGGGAAGCAUCGGCCCCCACAGGACCCUCCACACGCAGCCUGCAACAAAGCCACCAGCUACAUAUAAUAGUGCAUAUGCAGCAGAUGGCGCAAGACAGGAUGGGGCGCGCGCGGGGACAGCUGGCCAUGACCAUGGGCCUACAGCAAAGCUCGACGGCGAGCUGCUAUUGACUGAUGCGUUGGUGGCUCCUUCUGCUUUGGAUGCGGGUAGUGUCUGGAUGCAUCUGGUGAAGAAUGUGCGCAAACACAGCAGCGCCGAUCCUGCGACGACAGGCCUGAAGCCGGCGUUCGCUGACCUUUCAAGAGGGUAUGGCGGUACGCUGCCACUCCUCGACGAACUCAUUCGCCAAAGCGAGCAGCUCAGUGACCCGAUCGCGCUCAUAACGUUCGAGCGCACGUCCAGGCGGACGAUGCGCACCCAGCGCGCCAGCCCCAACCUGCUGGUGGACAUCAAUCUGGAGGCGCUGUUUGCGGCGGGGGUGGUGCAGCCUCCCGCGCCGCCGCAGCCGCCACGUGACCGCACCGCGUCGGCAGUUGAGUUCCUGGAGCAUGUGGCGGCGCCGCCCGGGCUCCCGGGCGCGCCAGUGGGCGGUGGCGCCGGCGGCGGACUGAGCGCCCAUGGGCUGUUGCACCUGAUCCAAAGCACCUAUUGCAAGUUUGAGGCGUUGCGGAUGUCGGUGUCCCACAGCAACGGGGAGCUGCUGUCACUAUUGGGCUGCAGCAGCGCGGCCGACUACGAGGCGUUGCUAGGUGAGGUGCUGGGCACGGAGUCGACGUUGCGUGCGGUCCUACACGAGUGCUGCCUGUCGCUGCUGGAGGGCGUGGGCGCGCCCACCUCGCAGCUGCUGCUGCACCACCCGCUGCGCGGCAGCAGCGGCCGCGUGGUGCUGCCGGUCACUGUGCAGCCCGUGGUGGUGUGGCGGCGCCGGGGCGACGAGCCCGGAGGCGGCAGCGCCGGAGCUGGGGUUGGAGCGGGGCAGGCCAGCACACCGAGCGGCGCCGCCAUCAGCGGGCUCAAUGGGCCCGGCAGCCUCAGCAACACAGCGGGCGGGAUGCAAUGCGGCGCGCGUGGCGCGGCGGCGGCGGCGGCGAUGGCCAUGCUGCCCGGCCGGCUGGCGGACUGCGUGCCAGUGCUGGCUGUAGCCGUCAGCUACAACCUGUCGGCUGGGCUGGCGGCGACGCUGCAGCAGCUGCACCGCGUAUACGCUAUGCUGGGCGGGCUGUCGGGCAUUGUGACGCUGUUCACCAUGCGCGGCCGCGUGCUGCACCAGAACACCGCGAGCAUAAGGUACAUGGGGCUGCGCCAGGGCGCAGACCCGCACGUGUCCAACUGGGUCGGCACGCAGCAGCGCGGCGGCAGCACUCAGCCCGAGGCCGCCAUGGACAGCAGCGGCCUCAGACUCGGCUCCGUGCUGCGGCAGGUCUUCGCGCUCAGUCCGGACCAGCUGGACGACCUGCUUGACGACGUGGCGGAGGGCAAGACCUGGAAGGGCAUCGUCCGCGUGCCGCCGCUGCUCAGUCCCACCGUGGACCCGGGCCCAGGCGCGCACCUGCUGCUGCCCGGCGGCAGUUCUCUGGCUCCCAGCAUUGUGCGCGGCGGCGGCACACACCCCUCCUUCAUGUUCUCACCCAGCCCGUCUCAGGCGCAGGUGGCGCCGACGCCAUGGGAGAAGCUGCAGACGGGGCUGCUCAGCACCCAGACGCGCCACCUGCUCGGCGGCUCUUCGGCAGGUGCAGACCGGGAGGCAGCGAGCCCGGCGCACGGGCUGCUCCCGACGCCCAACACCGCGCAGGCGGCGGGCGGGGGCGCGGUCGCGGGCGCGGGCAGGGUCCAGAUCCAGAGCCAGCUGUCCCGCCUGCACAGCUGCCAUCCUGCUCCCGGCGCCUCGUCGGCCGCCGGCAGCGGCGGCAACGGCGCCGUGUCCAGCGACCCGGACUGCGGCGGGCUGGGCAGCACCGUGCUGUGCAUGUCGCGGCACACGGCCGUGACGGAGGGGCACUGCACCGGCGACGAGGGGUCGGUGAGCACGCUGCAGCGCGGCCUGCUGGGCACGAUGGGCCAGUCUGCCGCCGACACGGGCAAUGGCAUGGCCGCGGGCUCGGCGGACACCUUCAACCCGCGGCUGCUGCUCACGUCGCCGGUGGGCGCGCGGGCUGGCGGCGCCAACGGCCUGGGGGUUCUGGGCGGCGGCGAGACCAGCGGCGAGAGCUCCAUGUAUGUGGCAAUCAAUGCAAGCAACGCCAGCAACGCAACCAGCUUGCGUCAGGACUCGACGCGGGGGCAGUUGGAUUUCCGCGGCAUACAAAGCAUCCUGAACUCGCAUCGCAGCUCGUCGCGCCCCAUGCAAGGACUGGCGGAAGGCGGGCCGGCCCUUGAGGCCGGGCCGCUGCUGCCGCCGCCCACCAAGCCGCCGUCGGUGCCCUCGCCCGCCGUGUCGCCGUACACGUCCACCUGCGUGCCGUCGGCGUCCGCGUCGGCCAGCAUGGGCUCGGGCGGGACAGGCCUGUUGGGGCGCCACUUUGGGGGGAGCAGCAGCCGCCGCGCGCUCAUGCCGGGGCGUGCGGCGUCGGGCAUCAAUGUGCCGCUCAUGACGCUGAACGAAAACGCGUCCACGCGCCUGCCCGACAUGGACCUGGUAUCGACGCAGUCCUUCAUCAGCCGCUACGGGCCAGCCGCCGCAGCCGUGGGCGGCCCUGGAGGUGCUGGUGCAGGCGCCAGCCCCGACCGGCCCGGCAGCGGGCUCUACACGGUCCUCAGCGCCAACGGCUCCAGCGGCGGCAGCGCCGCCGGCGCUCUGAGCCAGUCGGACAUGGCCAAGGCGCACCUCUCGCGGCGGCGCAGCGCUCUGAAGCUGGGCGCCUCGUCGCGCGACGACGACCCGCUGAGCACCUCCACCUGGGGCCUCAUGGAGGGCAGCCGCAGGCAAUCCAUGUCCUUCACCGCCCGGCGCGCGGGCGCCGCUCCCCAACAGCACAGGAUCAUCGGCAUACCGGCCGGCGCCGAGAGCCCUGGACGUGGCGCGCAGUCCUUCACCGCCCGCGCCUCACCAGCAACGUAUGGGGCAGCGAUGACGCCCGCGCACCAGCACCAGCAGCAGCAGCCCUCCGCAGCCGUGCUGGGCACCAGCCCCAGCUUCGCACCGGACACACUAAUAUCUUCGCCAUUUAACACAGCCACCGGCUUGGGCACUAGCGGCGUCAGCGCAGCAGCCGCAGGAAGCGGACCAUCGGGCGCCAUGCGUGGGGGCAGCGGGACCUGCAACGCCGUCGCUCAGGCACACAUCAGCGGCGGCAGCAUCGCCAGCAGCAAGGGCAGACGGCCCCCAAGCCGCCUCAUGUCCUUCCUCGCGAAUAAGAACUUAUCGGGCGUGGGCGCCUCCGGCAGGUCGUUUUCCACGGCCAACAACAUUCGCUCCAUGCCCAUACUGGCAUCUGGCGGCGCGACCAACAGCCUGGUGGCAGCAGCCAUGGCCGCGUUAGGCGGCAGCAGCGCCACCGGCGGUCCCGACGGCGACGUGAACGGCGUCGCGUCGCCGAAGCCGGCGGGCAGCGGCACUGGCAGUGGCAGCCGCCCCCACGGCGGUACGACCGCCUCUACCACGGAGAUGGCGGUCGGCGGUGCAGCCAAGGCCAGGGCAGCGCUGGAGGCGCGGGCGCAGGCGGCGGUGGGGGCCCGCGCGAACUCAUGUGGUGCCCCGGUGGCGGCGGUCACAGCAGACGUGGCGGCAGCGGUCGCCGCCGCCGGCAGCGCGUCUGUGCCAGCUCCGCCGCCACGCGGCCCCCUCGCCGCGCUGGCAGCGGCAUCUGGCCUGCCGUACGCAAACGACCCCCGCAGCACCAGCUCCGCCACACCGCACUUCUCCCGCCUCUCGUCCGCCACAGCGGCCGCAGUCGGCGCAGCCAUGUCCUCCAUCUCCGCGACGCUGCAGCCCUCCCCCGCGCAGCCCCUGCGCCGGCCGCCAACGCGGCGCAUCAUCCGGCCCGCCGCCGUGGCCGACGUGGCGGAGGAGGCUGGCACCCCCGAGGCCAGCGGCAAGCUGCCGACGGUGAAGGACGGCAGCGGCGGCAGUGUCAACGACAGCACGGCGGUGGCGGCCACACUCGCGAGCCUAGCAGUGCCGCAUAGCUCAGUGCCGCAGGCACAGCAGGGCUCGGGGCCGAGGUCGCAGGUGCCGUCGCUUGCCGCGGUGCAGGCGGCUGGGCUGUCCGAGGUCGAGCCGGCCGGCGUGGUGGACAGCGAUGCGGACGCGGACGAGGAGGACGAUGAGUGCUGGCACGAGAUCACGGCUUCCAGCAUGCGCGACCCGGUGUGCGGCGAGCAGGUGCUGCUGCUGCUGCAGGUGGACGUGACGGCGCGCGUGCGGGCGGAGCGGCGCAUCCAGGAGGUGCUCGAGGCGGAGCACAAGCUGCUGGAGUCCGUGUUCCCCAGGCACGUGCUGGAGAUGGCGGCGGCCAAUGUGCAGAGCGGCGGCCGCGGCGGCGCGGGCGGCCGCGGCGGCGCCGCCAGCAAGUACAGUCUUGCGGAGCUGCCGCUGGCUCAGAACGCGGCCUCGGUGGCGACCUACCACCCGCACGUCACCAUCUUGUUCAGUGACAUCAUCGGCUUCACGUCUAUGUGCCAUGAGAUUCCCGCAACCAAGGUCAUGCAGUUUCUGAACGAGCUGUACAGCCGCCUGGACACGCUGCUUGACGUGUACGGCGUGUACAAGGUGGAGACCAUCGGUGACUGCUACAUGGUGGCGGGCGGGCUGAUGACGCGAGACGCGGACGGCUUCAUGACGGUGCGCGGCAGUGACAGCGUGGAUGAGCUGCACGCCCACAAGGUCAUGUCAUUCGCCAAGGCCAUGCUGCGCGAGACGGCGCAGGUGUUGCUGCCCACCAGCGGCGAGCCGGUGCAGAUGCGCAUCGGGCUGCACAGCGGCCCCGUCAUGUCCGGCAUCGUGGGCAGCAAGAUGCCGCGCUUCUGCCUGUUCGGCGACACGGUCAACACGGCGUCACGCAUGGAGUCCACCUGCCCGCCUGGCUGCAUCCACGUCAGCUACGCCACCGCCGAGCUGCUGCAGGACGAGGAGUGGGAGCCCACGGGUGGCGUGAUGGUGAAGGGCAAGGGCGAGAUGCAGACCUACCGCUGGGUGCCACCAGUCAUGCAAACCUCGCUCGUCACCGGUGCCCUUAUGCCGGCCGUCGGCCGCGCCGGUCGCAACCGCGCACGGGUGCGCCGCGCCUCCUCUAUGGCCAGCCUGGGCUCAGGGGUGGCAGCGGCGGCGGCCUCGGGUGGCCUGAUGGGCCCUCUGGGCGGCGGGGCGCAGGGCAGUACACAUUGCUCGGGGCACUCCUCACGAGCGCUGGCGCCAAUGUACGACCACGGCGGAGGAGGAGGAGCAGGAGGCGGAGGGGCCGAGGGCAGCGGCUGCACGCCAUCCUGCAGCGCUCUGGCGAACGCGGUAGUUGGGUGCACGGCUGGCGCCAAUGGGGGUGACAGCGGCGCUGAGAACAUGACAGCAGGCGGCUCGUUUGCCCGUGGCAGUUCCGGGACGUACGUGCACUCGUUUGGCGCGGCAGGCGGCGGCAAGAGGAGCUCGGCGGCGGCGUCUCGUGACGCCACCAGCGGGCUGAUUAGGCCAAGUGCCCAGCAGGUGAACCUAGCCACAACUUCCGGCACCUCGUCAGGACCAGGUCGGGGCCCGGCGGGCCACGUGCAUGCACCGCCGUGCGGCAGCAGCCAUCAAUCGAGGAGCCGGCGGCUCAUGUUGCAACAUGCGGCGGAGGUGGCCGCUACGAGCGCGGACGCGGCCCGCUCGGCCGGUUCCAUGCCGGCUGCCAAGCCCAAGCGCAAGCCGCACCGGAGCUGCAGCACGACGGCAAUCGCGUAUGCAGGCCGCCCCCCGCUGGUGGUGUAGGCGGAAUGUGUGGGUGGGUGAGUGGGUGGUUGGGUGUUCAUGACGCGCACAGGUGAAAGGGAAUUGGAAGGGGAAACGGGUGUUCCCACACAGGGGUUUGUGGACGGUCACGAUGAUUGUGCAAUUCACAGUCCAUUGCACUGCGCACUGGAAAGGUGCUACUUUAGGGGUGUUAUCAACUUGAUUACGUGCACUGCAUUCAUCCGGAAUGCAUGCCUAGCAAACGAUUGCGCACGCACGCACCGUAUGUCUUCAGUUAUGAAACGGACAGUUAUCGUGGCUGGGGUAGUAAACGCCGCGCACCGUCGGGCUCCGCCUGUUGGGGUGCGCAGUAACUGGUUACUAACGUCGUUAGGAGCUGCACGCAUGCUGCUACCUGCGAAUCCGCAUGAUUUGAUCCUUGCAAUGUUUUAUAUGCUGAGUUGAGUGGGGGAACUUAUAUAGUAAAUGCAGUUCUUGCAUCUAACUGGCCCGACUCGUGGCCACACUUCCGGUGGCCCACUUGACCCACCCCCAGAGUGGAAGGUGCCCCCACGCAUAGAGUGGAUGCUCAUUCUGCGCUAAGUCCGUGGCCUGCCGCCCUGCCACGCCCUGUAGUUUUAAUCUCGCUGCGGUGCGAGCACUCCAUUUGUGCUCUCUGAAGAAGAAUGCCCUGUCAAACAUGGUCAUUCGCUUCAUGACUAUCAAUCCGCGAAGUCUUUCCUGGUUACAAUCAUUUUGUCAAAAGAAUAGGAUGCGAAAAGGUCAGACAGCGCUCAAGACAGCUGCCUUGUGCGCGUGCUUCUGACGUGCUCUGUAUGUUCAGUUGCUUAGAAGGGUAUCAGUGGGUACGCUUGUGUAACUUUGGGGUUCG